AUGUGUCUACACAAUACACACAAACACAUAGAGCUGACGCGCGUGCCCGAGUGGCUGCGCACCGUCGCCGACGCCAUGUCCACGCACCUGCGCGAGCAGGGCCGCGCGCUCGUCACCGACACGCACCGCAACGCGAUCGCGUUCGUGCAGGCAUGUGUCUACACCACACACAAACACAUACAGCUGACGCGCGUGCCCGAGGGGCUGCGCAACGUCGCCGACGCCGUGUCCGCGCACCUGCGCGAACAGUGUCUACACUGA